AUGACCUUUCUCAAGGAGCUAAGGAAACAAACAGGAAUCAGGGCUCUGAAUGAUCGUAUGUUUUCCAGAAUAAGAGAACAGGAAAACCCUCAUAAACAUGACUGCAUCCAAGGAGGAUUGACCAACAAUCAUGUGAAUAUGGAGCUAGAGGAAGACAUAGAUGGAGGCAUAUCAGACUUUAGGGGAUCUGAAAAGACUGGAAAAACUACUGUCACUGUGAUUUUCAUGGAGACAAAAGGUGGAGAAGGACAGUCCUGUGAAGUGGCUGCCACAUUCAAAGGUAACAUCACUAAUGUUGUUACAGCUUAUGUUACAAACGUUCACAAUAUUUUUGAUCCUCAAAAUCACCCUCAUGACAGCAGUACUACUGCAGAGAGGUGUGAGGAAACGAGUGAAAAACCCAAAAAGAAGAAAAAGCAAAAGCCCCAGAAGGUUCCUCAGGAGAAUGGAACAGAAGACCUCUCUUUCUCCAAACCCAUGAAAAAAGAAUCUUUUUCCAAGGAGGAGAUGAUGAGUAGUGAUCUUGAAGAGACCGCUGGCAGCACCAGUCUUCUGAAGAGGAAGAAAUCUUCACCCAAGGCGGAAACAGUUAAUGACCCCGAAGAUGCAGGCAACAGAAGUGCCUCCAAGAAAAAGAGGAAAUUCUCCAAAGAGGAACCGGUUAGCAGUGGACCUGAGGAGGCUGCUGGCAGCAAGAGCAGCUCCAAGAAGAAGAAAAGGUUCCAUAAAGAAGCCCAGGAAGAUCAGAAUGCAAAUAAACAGUCUCUGGGAGGCGGGGCAUACCAUAGCUCAAGGUGACAUAUCCUACCUUGUCUACUUCCCCAAUAAAAACAAAUUCACACACACACACAAAAAUCACCCUCAUGAAAUAAGAGAGGAAUUAUUAUAACCACUUUGAAGAUUAGGAAGUGGAGGCUCAGGAAAGGGAAAUGAUAUGUCCAAUGUCACUUUUUCUAAGUGGUGAAUUCAAAUCUUAAGACUAUCUGAUCACUGUUCUUUUCUACUUUUCCUCAAUUAAUGUUUAGUUUAAAAUUUAAGAUUUUGUGUAUUUUGUUCUAGGGGUUGGGACUAUAAAGCUAUACACAUAUAUAAAAUUCCUCCUUAGCCUAGGCAACAUGGCAAAACCCUAUCUCAACAACAACAACAAAAAUAC